GCGACGCGCGCAGCUCCAGUUACAGUGUAGUCUUCAGUGAGUUGUGUGAAAUAGGAAGUGUGAGAGGGAGUAGCUAACUGGAACAACGAGAUACAUAAGCCGUAUGUGAGAAGUAUUGCCCGAUAGCGCAAGCACGAACGCAAGCAGUGCGUCUUCACACCAUGGUCAACGACAACAAAAUGAACGGCUUCGACAACCUGGCCUUCGACAGGAAAGAUGAGCCCAUAGAACUGAAAGAGUCUCAAGAGAGCGCCUCCAAUGCCUUUGGGGCGGCUAAGUCGGUCUUGGGAGCGAAGGUGCUCACGCCGGAGGAGAAGAAGGAGAGACUUGCUAUCACGAAGAAUAUCAUCAUCAUCUCUGUCGCUUUCACCUUCCUCUUCACCAGUUACAACUCCAUGGCCAACCUCCAGUCCUCCAUCAACAAAGUAGAUGGGACAGCAGCGUUGUCGACGCUCUACGGAGCCCUGGUACUCUCUUGUUGCUUUCUGCCUUCGUGGUUAAUCAAGACGCUCAAAGUCAAGUACACGAUGGCCAUCUGUAUGCUCUGUUACUCCACCUACAUCGCAGCGCAGUUCUACCCGCAGAUCUACACGUUGGUACCCACGGCCAUCAUUCUGGGGCUGGGGGCAGCGCCCAUGUGGUCCGCCAAGUGUACUUAUCUCACUAAGGUUGGAGCGAGGUACGCUGAGUUAGUCGGGGAUGACAAGGAGGUCAUCAUUACCCGUUUCUUCGGCAUCUUCUUCCUCUUCUUCCAGUCGACACAGGUGUGGGGCAACCUUAUUUCCUCCUCAGUGCUGUCUGUGGGCGUCGUCGACAAAUACAAAACACCGGAGGAGCUGGAGAAGUGCGGCUUCAACUUCUGCCCGUGGGACACCUCAGACAGCAACAGCACUAACAGCAGUAGCAGUACUGACGAUGAUAUUCCCAGGUGGCAGAUCUAUACUAUGGCUUCCAUCUACCUCGUUUUCUCCCUCCUCUCUUCAGUCAUCGUCGUCAUCUUCGUUGAUCCCCUCAGCAGAUUCGUGGGGAAUGAAACGUACGACGCAACAGCUGACAAGACGGGAGUUCAAUUACUGGUUGCCACCUUCAACCACAUGCGUCACCCCUACCAGCUGCUCAUCAUUCCCCUCACCAUCUGGUCGGGCGUCGAGCAAGCCUUCCUUGGGGCUGACUACACCGCUGCAUACGUGUCAUGUGGUCUCGGGGUACACAUGGUGGGAUACAUCAUGAUCUGCUACGGUGUGUGCGAUGCUGUCUGUUCCGCCAGCUUCAGUCCUCUCGUAAGAAUCGUGGGUCGGGUGCCCAUCUUCACCAUGGGCUUCAUUAUCAACCUCAGCAUCAUCAUUACUCUCAUCUACUGGAUGCCCACGCCUGACGACCUUCCUGUUUUCUUCAUCAUCUCCGGGCUGUGGGGCGUGUCUGAUGCUGUGUGGCAGACGCAGAUUAAUGCCCUCUACGGUGUAAUCUUCCCUGGAGAAUCAGAAGCAGCCUUCAGUAACUACCGCUUGUGGGAGUCGAUUGGGUUCAUCAUUGCCUACGCUUGCAGCACCGCCCUCUGCAUCACCACCAAAGUCACCAUCCUCCUUGUGUUCCUCGUGUUGGGCAUCACCGGAUUCUACACAAUCGAGAUUAUUGAGAGAUUCUGGGGGCUGAAGAAGACAAAAGAAGGGGUAGUAAUACCCAUAGAUAAGUUAUUAAUCGGGGUACAUGAGUGAACUCAAAACGCUUUGCUUUAUGUUAAUGAACAGUAUUAAUGUGGAGCGAUGACGAGCCGUUAUCCAAAAUAAUCUCGGUUGUGAUUUUCAUGUACUCAAUAGAAUACCUGUCUUUUUUAAUACGAACAAGCAUGAGUAUGGCGCAAAGUGUUGAACUAAAAGUGCCAGUAGAACUCAAAUGCGGCGAUAAUCGUGCUGAUCUUGGUGCAAUAGAUUCAAGUUACAUGAAUAAGGUUAAUGUGUUGAUCUCGAUACAAUAGCUUCAAGAUUUUAAAGCAAAAUGUUACCAAUUCCUGGCUCCUCACCUUACUUCCCUGCCUGUACUUCCUUACUUUCCCUCAGGACGUUUUUUUCUUUUCUUUACCCACCAUUUAACCUCUCCUUUGACCUCUCGAGUUUGACCUCAGGAUACUUGUUUGCUUAAUAAGGCAAUGUGUCUCUGAUUUUUUGUAUAUUUGAUAAAAUUCAGCCCUGGACACAACAGUUGCAGCGGCCUUAAAGGUUUCCCUGCAACAUGAAGUCUUUUUUCUACUUGUACAGCCAUUCACAACUACCUUGAUGGAUAAAGUGAACGUGUUGAUUUAGCUGCAAGAAACUGAUUUGGCAAUAGAGUUGUGGAAGAGUGGAACAAACUGGCUAACAUUAAAAAUAGGCUGGACAGAUAUAUAAGUGGUCAGACUAUAUGGUAACACAAUGGAAGCGUAGAAACAUUAUGUAAAUAAGAUACACAAUCCACCAGGGACUUUGAUAAAAUCUGAAAAAGUCAUAUAUUUCCCUUUUAAGGUUACAGGUGUUAUGAAAACAUCAAAUGCUCCUCUGUUUAGGAGUUCUGGCUAGUAGUAAUCUAAAACAAAGACAACAGUGCAUUAGUGUUCGCAAUAAAGCUAACAGAAUUCUUGGCUUCAUAUCUAGAAGUAUAAAUAAUAGAAGUCCUCAGGUUGUUCUUCAACUCUAUAUAUUCUUGGUUAGGCCUCAUUUAGACUAUGCUGCUCAGUUCUGGUCACCGUAUUACAGAAUGCAUAUAAAUGCUCUGGAAAACGUAGAGGAGGACGGCAAAGAUGAUCCCAUGUAUCAGAAAUCUUCCCUAUGAGGAUAGCCUGAGGGCCCUGAAUCUGCACUCUCUCGAAAGGCGUAGAAUUAGGGGGAUAUGAUCGAGGUGUAUAAAUGGAAAACAGGAAUAAAUAAAGGGGAUGUAAAUAGCUUGCUGAAAAUUUCCAGCCAAGACAGUGUAUUAAAAACAUUUAUACCUGUGUUAAGGUUACCUAUAUUCUGAAUACAUAAGAUGCUACUCUGUUAAGUUAUCGACGUGCUGUAGACACAAUCUGGUCCAGUGUUAAGCUUUCCGAUAUACUAAAAGUAACCCCCGGUUACUAAUCAGUCAACGAUUUGCCCAAAGAAAACUUCCGUGGUUUUUCUUAAGGUGGCCAAUAUAUAAAUCAAACAUUUGUGCAAUUUUUGGAACUUUAAACAAGUGCUCGCAAGAAGCGUUUGUUGAAAGCUCGAAGUAUUAACUUGUGUGAUGUACAAGGUCCCCGAUGUUAUGAAAUCAUGAAUGGGUCCUCUCUGUUAUGUUUAUACAUUUCAGGCAGCACUUGCUUCCCUCUAAACUCAGGAUGUGCCUGAGUGGAUAGGUGGUCAUUUAUUAAAGCCGCUUACUGGAUGCACCAGCUGUUCGCCACCUGAGUAGCUCGGGAUAGCUAUGCCCUUUACCAACGAGCUUUGUAUCAUCAUCUGCAAUACUGUGUUACUUAUUCGCUGACUUUGUGAUAAGUCUUCCUGUGAUUAUUGUGAUGUGAAAAUAAUGUAAAUAAAAAAUAAAUGUAAAUAAAAAACAAUGUAAAUAAAAAAUAAAUCGAAAAA